AUGCCUGUCAUUAAUCAAUUCUUCGAGGAUGCCAUUCGCGUCACCCCGCAAGGCGGGGGCAAGUAUAGCGCGCAUCUGCGACCGGAAUGGUGCAUUGGAACUGUACCCCAUGGUGGCUAUACAACAGCGGUCAUUUACCGCCUGGCUAUAACACACUUCGCUCAUGCGCAUCCAAAGCAAUAUGAUGCCCCAGCAUCCCCAAUAUCCCUUCAGUUGGCUUUCCUCCGGCGCACGGCCGCCGGCCCCGUCACCUUUGAAGUUGAGGAUAUUAAGUUAGGCGCACGCACCAGCAUAAUUCACAUCAAACUUCUCCAGGAAUCUGAAAAGAAGAAGGAUGAACUAGAGGUGAAAGUCGCUGGGUACAUUACCGUCAGCCCGCCCACCGCCGAAGUAGGCAUCAGCGCCCCGACAGGGUGGAAGCCUCUCCCCGCGCCGCCGCCUGGCUCGCUACCAGGCGGAAAGGUUGACCUCCCCGCGCUCGCGCGCACCGGCUCCGAUGGCACCUGGGAAAAGAUCGACCCGCCAUAUCUCGAAUUUCGGCGCGCAACUGCGCAGGUAGAACUCUACGGCCCUGGGAAGAGUCAGGAGCAGCAGAAGCGCACGGAGAGUCUGGUGAUAGACCAGUGGGCGCGUUUCCGGCCUCACGGGGAUUUGAAAGGUCGGUGGACUGACGCAGCUGUGGUAUAUCUGGCCGAUAUGUUCCCCAUGGCGUUGGAGGGAUUCGACACAAUGUCAACCACGGCGGUCGCCAAGGAGAAGGGCGGACCUGUGCCCAAGACAACGGCUAAGUUCUGGUACCCUACUGUCACUUUGAACAUUGAUAUGAAGAAACAUCUGCCAGCGGAGGGUGUUGAAUGGCUAUAUAGUCGGAUUGUGACCAAGGUUGUGCGCGACGGACGUACGGAUCUGGAUGUCACGAUUUUAGAUGAGAAUGGUGAGGUUGUGGCAGUGGCUACACAAGUCGGGCUUGUUGUCAGCGCUAGUCGGAAUGUAGGAACAAGGAAGUUCCAGAAGUUGUAG